AUGCUUGUCCAUGCAAUUAUUACAUCUCGUGUUGAUUUUUGUAACAGUCUUUUGUAUGGGCUGCCCAACUACCAGCUCAACAAAUUGCAGAGAGUUUUGAAUGCCUCAGCCAGGCUAGUUUGUAAUGCCCACAUCUCACCCCUUCUUCGUGGUCUCCAUUGGCUUCCUGUUAAAGCCCGGAUAGAAUUUAAGAUACUGCUUAUUACGUUCAAAGCAAUUCACGGCCUUGCUCCUAAAUAUCUAUGCGAUUUACUGACAUUUAAAUCGUCCAUAUAUAACCUUAGAUCUUCAGAUAGUAUUUUACUUUCUAUGCCAGCUGCUCGAUCGAAGACGUUAGGUGAUAGAGCUUUUAUGGUAGCAGCGCCAAGGCUCUGGAACUCUCUUCCAAAAAAACUUCGUGCAAUUACUAAUGUGAACAGUUUUAAGGCGCAUAAUAUGACUUAUCUUUUUAAAACUUUAUAUUGGUGA